UCGGGCUUCAGCAGAAAGGACCCUGAGGGUCUCAUUGCUUGGAGAGGCCCGUGUGUAGACCUCAGGCACGGUUGCAUCGUGGUGCCUGGAACUUGCCGUCAGUGAUCCGCAGUUGUGGGCAGUACUGACCUCUGUGAGCUGCAUUCUCGGGCAGGUGCGUGAGUGGUGCUGGGACUGCCUCCCUCAGCCCUGGCCGUCCAUCUAGCCUAUGAAGCAAUCCUGGUGGGGAAGGGAGAGACUUCCGCGAAAGUCCCCGGCGCGAGUGUGUCACGUGCCCAUCUGGCCAGUCGGGCCAAGGUCUCAUGCCACACCAUCACCUAAGUUCUCCUAUGCAGAGUGGGACAGAUGUCCAGGGAAAAGGGAGCAGGGUGAACGGAUGCUGGGCGCACCAAUCUGUCUCAGUGUGAGGCUGGAGGACCCGUGCUUUGUGAUGUUGGGUCAGCUGCUCUCUCUCAGCUCUUGUACUAAAAUUUUUUAUCCAUGUCAUUUUUUCAUAUGUCUACGUUCUAUUUCCUUCAGUGUAAUAUGCCUCAUGUGCUCUGUCUGUGGGGACUUGGUGCGGAGGGAACCUGGGACAUGCUUCAUGGUCUGCAGGUGUGGUGGACUGUAUGUAGGUGGGAAAUUGGGAGAGACUGUCUCACCUGAAAUCUCCUGCAAGGCCUUGAGAGCCUGCUCUGAGGGCACCCUUUCUGUUUGUGAACUGAGUGGUGGAAUCAUAAAUACGAUUUUAGAGAUUAUACCUUUGAAAGCAAGAACGAGAGAUGUUUGUUUGUGAUGGGUCAGGCAGAGUCUGUUUUAUUUUAUUUUGUGUGGCUCUCGGCUGACUUUCGUUCAGCAUCCAGCCUGGACACUUGAUUGAGUCCAAACAUAUCUGUAUUUGAGUUAACCAGUGAGCUGUUUUGUGCAUGACAGUGUUAACUUUAGGGUGAACGUUUAAAAGAAACAGAACGAGUUUUCUGUGGUGGUUCUGUUUUGGGCUGUUGCUGUGUUUGUUACUAGGUAUUGGCCCAAGGUGAGCUACCUGGCCAUUUGGUUCUUGGGCCAGGAGCUUGGGGGCAGUGCUGGGCAGGAAGCACUCCCUUCCCAGGCUGUCUGUGGCCUGCUUCUGCUGCAGGCGCACCAGCCGUCUCUGCUGGGGCCUGACAGGCGCCUGUGUGGUGCGGAGCUGGGUCGCAGGGAGGCCAUUGCAUGUGUGUGUGGAGACUUGACCAGGGAAAUCAGGAAGGCGUUUGAGGGACUUGGCUCUGGAGCUAGCCCGGAAAGGGCCUAGGUGAAUCUUCUGCCAGCAGAGACUGGGCUGGGAAGCAGCCACAUGAUUAGGAUGAGAAGGGAGUUUGGCACUUCGGCGAAUCAGGGGCGUUGGGAGUCGGGAACUAGGAGGGCUGGCGGUGGCUGCUUUGUAGAGGGCUUGGCACGUAGAGGGAGGUUUUGCCGGGCUAUUGGGGAAUCUUGAAGGGCUGUGAUUAGAACUGUGCAUUGAGAAAGUUAAUCUGACUUAAGUGUGCAAGAUGGACUGAGGUGGGAAGACUGUUGUGGUAGUUGAUGGGAAAAGUAAUGAGACGCUGCAUUAGGUGGGUGGGAAUUGGAAAGAGGAGGGGAACGAGGAUCCUGAGGUUCAGGGACCCCAGGGCAAGAAGCAGAGGUGGGCAAUGGUGCACACAGUAGGGCCCCUGCGGGUGCCCUGACUGAACCUCACUCUGCAGGCCCUGGGGGUAUGGAGUGAGCCCCCCAAGCCCAGUCAUAGUCUGAUGGGGAUAGUGCUCUGAGCAGCAUACAACCAGCAAAGGGGCCAGGAGUCCACAGAGCCCACUGAUGAGGUAAGGUAUAGGCAGAGAGUGAAGGGAGGGAAGGAGUGAGUGUGUGUGGCUGUCCCCGGGGAACUGAAAGUGCAAGGGACCCAAGGCUGAGGGAGGAGAACAGGCACAGUGGCGGGUGGAGUGACUUCAGGUUUGUGCUGGCCACGAGGUCAGGGUGGAGAUCCUGGCCACUGGUGUCCAGUGCUGUGGCAAGGCAGGUUGGGGACCCUGAGUGGCAGUGUAUGUGGUGUGGAGAUGAGGGGGACGGCUGUGUCUCCUCUCUCAAGGCCUGUAGCCAACCUGCCACCACUGUAGCCUGGAUGCUCCUCUCUGCCCCUGCAUGUUCUCUGUCAGAUUUUAGACCAGUGGUGUUCACACUUGAUUUAUUUAUCUUUUGGUGAGGAAGAUUGGCCCUCAGCUAACAUCUGUUGCCGAUCUUCCUCUUUUUGCCUGAGGAAGAUUGUCCCUGAGCUAAGAGCUUUGCCCAACUUCCUCUAUUUUGUAUGUGGGACGCCACCACAGCACGGCUUGAUGAGCAGUGUUUAAGUCCACGUCCGGGAUCCGAACCCUUGAACCCCAGGCCGCUGAAGUGGAGUACGUGAACCUAACCACUACGCCACUGGUCUGACCCCCACACUUUAUUUUUAUUAGUAGAACUUUUUGCUUUUCCAUCUUACAUUAUGAGAAACUCCAGUAUAUAAAGCAGAUCAAGUUGGAGCUGUUCUGGUGCCUGUGAGAGUGGGGAGCCCUGUCUCUCCCAUCACCACCCACCCCCACCUCCCCAGAGCAUAGCUGAGGUGUCCAGGGUCCCCUGAUCCCCCCCAUGUUUCUUCUUUUGAGUGAUGGUCACUGCUUCACUCCUGGUCCCCAGCCUUUGGUGCUGUCCCUGCCAUGCCAUCUUGUGUGUCCCAUAUUGUCUUUGCCGUUCACACUGAACCACACUGGAGUGACCUAAGAUCUGAUUUACUUCAAGACUUGGGUCUAAAACUUUUCUGGGGUGCUGCUUGGCCACUUGCCUCCCUGGCCAGUCUUAUCAGCCAUCAUUCAUUGUGCUUUGACUCCUGACGCAGUGACUGAGUGCUGUCCCCUGGACACCACGCUUUCUUAGGCCUCUGCCUGUCCACCUGUAGCUCCUUCUGCCUGGCAGGCGCUCCUUCCCCUCUGCCCAGCACAUGCAUCUGAGUCUUUCAAGGGUCCCCAUUUCUCUCUCCAGUCUCAGAGAGAGGCUCUUCUCUGCUCCCCUGUUCCUUCCACCCACUUGGGACCAGUGAUGAACGUGCUGGACAGUGUUUAACCAUGGCCUUUCGCGGGGGCUGGUUUGCUGGUUUGGGGGUGCAUCCUGGUUUCUGUGGUGUAGACACUUGGUCGUCGUGGCAUCGCCAAGCAUGGGAUUGGGGGGAUGAGCACAGCCACUUGGGUGCUGCCCCACGCUGACUCCAGCACACUUCUGCUUAUAGCCCUUUGAACUUAGGCGUCUUUCUCUCUGUUUGGGUUCUUUGAGGUCAGGAGUGAGACUUCAGGGUUUUUUUUCAUCUUUGCGCCUGACACUGCAUAAGUGAAGCUUGCGGCACGGCAGGUAGAGGAGGAGGAUCUGCGAGGCCUGCGGGCAUCUGAGUGGGUGGGCAAGUCGGACAACCCCCGCGCCUCGAUUUGGGUGACUGGGGUGAAAUGUGCACCCAUGAUGGGCUGCAGAGAUGAGCAACAACAGCAAUAAGAGAGCUCCGACAACAGCCACCCAGCGACUGAAGCAGGACUACCUGCGAAUUAAGAAAGACCCAGUGCCUUACAUCUGCGCUGAGCCCCUCCCUUCCAACAUUCUUGAAUGGCACUAUGUGGUCCGAGGCCCUGAGAUGACUCCUUACGAAGGUGGCUAUUAUCAUGGAAAACUAAUUUUCCCCAGAGAAUUUCCUUUUAAACCUCCUAGUAUUUAUAUGAUAACUCCCAAUGGAAGGUUUAAGUGCAAUACAAGGCUGUGUCUUUCCAUCACGGAUUUCCACCCAGACACGUGGAACCCGGCCUGGUCCGUCUCCACCAUCCUGACUGGGCUCCUUAGCUUCAUGGUGGAGAAGGGCCCCACCCUGGGCAGUAUAGAGACCUCGGACUUCACGAAGAGACAACUGGCUGCACAGAGUUUAGCGUUUAAUUUAAAAGACAAAGUCUUUUGUGAAUUAUUUCCUGAAGUCGUGGAGGAAAUUAAACAGAAACAGAAAGCACAAGAUGACCUCAGUAGCCGACCCCAGGCUCUCCCCCUACCGGACGUGGUUCCUGAUGGGGAGACGCACCUUGGCCAGCAUGGGCUUCAGCUGCUCAAUGGGCAUGCACCAGGGGCCGGGCCGCACCUCGCGGGGCUCCAGCAGGCCAACCGGCACCAUGGACUCCUGGGCGGUGCCCUGGCGAACUUGUUUGUUAUAGUUGGGUUUGCAGCCUUCGCCUACACGGUCAAGUACGUGCUGAGAAGCAUAGCGCAGGAGUGAGCUGUGCGCCAUGGCUGCACAGGUCGUUGGAAAUGAGGGAUGCUGGGCCUAAGCUUGAAGCGGGCUGGCUGGACGUGCCUCCGAGCACAGGGCGGACCCGCCUGACUCCUGGGGUUAAGCUUUUUAAAAACCUUUAAAAGGAAAACAGAAACCAAAGUGUGUGGUUUGGGUCUGGAGGAGACUCGAGAUUCUCAUGCCCUGUUCUCACCCUGGGUCUGUCGGGGGCUGUGGGGCUCAGGUGUUGAGGAGGAGGGGCCUCACGCUUUGGUUUUAUAGCUCAUCUCCUGUAUUGUCUUUGGACCUGUUUUAGUAAACCUGUUUUUCAUUUUAUUAGAUUUGGUCACUUAAAAUAUAAAACUCGAUGCUUAUCAGUACUCUGCGUGCGUUCUUAGUCCAGCGCAGCUCUGACUCAGCAGACAGGAGCCAGUCCCUUGACUGUGCUCGGCUGGCGUGGGCGAGGGUCCUGGCGGUGGGGCCCAGGGGCCGGCUGGCCAGAGACAACAGUGGACCGGGAUCCAGGAGACGUGGGAUUUGGCCUCAGCAUUUUAAAAUGUGCUUGUGUUCACUUAGAGUGAAGCAGAUUCCUCCUAGGAAAGUGUGUGGUCUUUGUUUUGCUGAAGUUGAAGUUAAGCAUCUGCUCAUUCUUGACCACUAGGGGUCGGCCUUUACUUGAAGCCAUGGCUGAGGAUGGAGGCUGCAGAGCAGCCCCCACGGUCGCCUCCAGGCUGCUGCUUCGGAGGGUGGUCCUCAGUAUCCCAGAGCCUUUCCUCUGAAUCCCUCGUGUCCCGUGGUCCAGAAGCCCCUCUUGUACUGGUGGAGGGUGGAACCCCAGCAGCACCACAGGGGUCCCCACCCGACAGGCAGGCUCUGCGCUCCAUGUCUGGUUUACCCUAGAGAGGCUCACACGCUCCUUUUCAUAGUUGGUCCAUGUCAGGUGUCGGCUCUUCCCGGGAGACAACAUAGCAAGAUUGGGCAUUACAGGAGGGGACAGGCUGCCCUGGAAGGACACUUCAAGGUCAGGGGCAGAGCGGGCGGCGCCUCAGUUUUGGGACCGAGGACUCCCCGGAUCGCCGGCGUCUUCCCCCUUGAUGUCUGUUUCAUCAUCUCCCCUGCACACGGUGUGGAAGGCACUGUGUGAGCCCCAGAGGAGACGCUGUGCCUGCACUCAGAGGACGGGGAACCCAAGUGCAGCCGUGCACUUGUGCAUCUAUCUGACUUUGUUGAUCAGUUUAUUUAAAAUUGUUCUAUAAUUUACCACUUGUGUGUGUGUAACCCACUCUUGUGAAAAAAAUCUUCAUUAUAGCUUUGUUCCUACAUUCUGUGCUGUUUGAGUCUGUGCUGGUGGAAAUUUGAGUCCAUCUCAGCCCCGUGCUGGGGUAGCCCAUGGGCAGGCCGCUGGCUUGGCCUGUGGAGGAGCCGGAGCUGCUGUAUCUGCCAUGCUGCUGGGCCCAGACCCCUGCAUGCAGUGGGAGCAGGAGCAUACCCUGCCAGGCCUCACCCUGCGCCCGCAGCCGGCUCAAGGGCACGUCUGGAGGCCAGCGUCUGUUCCACACGCUCGAUGUUUCCUGAGGCUCUGGGAGGCAGAAUGUUUAGCAGAUAGAGAGUUUACUUAACAUGUGUUAUUUCUUUUCUCUACGUGAAAUCUCAACCUUUAAAAACCCUUAGUCAGUGUUGGGAAUUGAUCUGUGCUGUACAGAGCCUUCGCCAGUGCCCGAGGCGGCAUGCUGUCUCGAGUGACCUGAAAUAAAAGAUGAUCUUGUCCUGUUGGACCAUG